AUGAAACGAUCGUUUAAUCCGUUGAUGCUGAUAUUCUUUGCACUGUUUGUUUAUGUGGUGUACUGCUUCUUUGCUUAUAAAGACACUCGUAUGUAUCGUGCUGAGCUCGAGAUGCUGAAGAAACAGGCACAAGAAAAAUUGAAAAGAGAGGAACUUGGGUUUUGAUUACUGAAACGGACCAUCGUGUAGCUAUUACUUUGUGUAUU